CUCAGGAAAAUUGAAAAUGCCCAGUGGCAGGACUACAAUCGAAUGGCGAAUGGCGUACAGCAUGUUCGCCAAAGAAGGCGUGCCUACGUGCGCCAAGACGCUGCAAUACACCAGGCGUCAACCAUGUUGAUCCAGGGGAGAUACAAUGAGGCGCAGUUCCUAAACCGCGUGUCGCACUUUACCUUGUCGUUAGCCGACACAAUGAGAGCUGAGCGAGUGCGGCUAGCGGCAAUCCCUGGCAAUGAUGGGCGCCGUGUAGCAGCAGCAGAACCAGUGAUGCCACCACCACUUCUGCAAGCUGAGCAAAAUCGUCGUCCUGCCCCUGAGAUACAGCCACGAGCUGACCUCCCCGCUGGAGAUAGGGAACUUCCUCCUCCUGCAGCAGUAGUGGUCCCACCGCCUCCUCCUCCUGCAGCAGUAGUGGCCCACCGCCUGCCCCCCACCGCCUCCCCCUCCUGCAGCACAGUAGUGGCCCCACCGCCUCCCCCUCCUGCAGCAGUAGUGGCCCCACCGCCUCCGCCUCCUGCAGCAAUAGUCGCCCCACCGCCUCCCCCUCCUGCAGCAGUAGUGGCCCUGCCGCCUCCGCCUCCUGCAGCAAUAGUCGACCCACCGCCUCCGCCUCCUGCAGCAAUAGUCGACCCACCGCCUCCGCCUCCUGCAGCAGUAGUCGUCCAACCGCCUCUGCCUCCUGAAGUGCAAGCAGCUGACUCUGCUGUUGCGCCACCCGCUCAGGCAGCACCUGGAAGGAAGGGUGGUUCGAAGGUGGGCCAUCAGCAAGUUGAAAAGAAGAAAUGCCGUCGAAACCUCUCUUUUGAAUCAUCAUCAGAAGACGAUUUGGAUCCAAAGAAGCUCUGUCAAGAUGACGAGAUAGAUGACAUAAAUCUUAAAGAUUUCAAUGGAACGCCAGUCAAGAGACCAACUGCAGAAAAAGAUAACUCCGUCUGUAUGUUGGCUUUGCAAACUGGAAUGCUGAGCUUAGAGGAUUGUAAUUUCACUCUGGGGACAGGCUUGACCGAGCAAGAAGAGGUAGGGCAGGAUCUGCGUAAGGUGAUGGAGAAUAUGCGGGAGCAGAAAGAACAGUUGUUAAAGCAGCAGGCCGGCCUCAGAGCCACCUUAGCGACUCUCACUGCAUUGGUCAAAA